UCCACUGCCCGUCUUCCCUACCUUUGUCUCUGUCUCUCUAAUUACAUCUCAAAGCCAAACCCAACGGCUUAGUGUUCGACUCUCUUUCUCUCAAUUUCUUUUCCCUUUCUUCUUAUAAUCACGAACCCACAAUUUCUUUUUCCCCGGAUUUGCGUUGUUUGAUCAGGGGUUUCGUUAAUUGUUUCUUGGAAGAUUCUGGGGCUGAAUUUCCCCCUAAUUCUCGGUGCCCCUUUUUGUUGUUUUUCUGUUGGGGGUUCAAUAGGAUCAGGAUCUUUUCUUCUCUUGCAUUAACUGAUGGUAGUGAAGAUGAUGAAGUGGCGGCCAUGGCCGCCGCUUGUUUCGAGGAAGUAUGAGGUGAGGCUUGCGGUGAAGAGACUCGAAGGGCUUGAUCCGCCGCGAGAUGGAAAGGAGGGGGUUGAUAAAUUGACGGUCGAGGUCAAAUGGAAGGGCCCCAAAAUGGCUUUGAGUCCAUUGAGGAGAACGGCGGUGAAGAGAAAUUACACCAAGGAGGCCGAUGGGUUGGAUCAGAACGGUGUCGCUCAGUGGGAUGAAGAGUUUCAGAGCGUUUGUACUUUCUCUGCUUACAAGGAGAAUGUGUUUCAUCCAUGGGAGAUCGUUUUCUCUGCCUUCAAUGGCUUAAAUCGAGGGUCGAAAAACAAAGUUCAGGUUGUUGGAUCAGCAUCGCUUAAUCUGUCUGAAUAUGUUUCUGUGGCUGAACAAAAAGAGCUCGAAUUGACGAUACCCCUUAAUCCAUCCACAAAUGCUACUGAGACCAGUCAUGUUCUCUGGAUAUCGCUGAACUUAUUGGAGCUAAGAACUGCUCAAGUUGUAUCACAGCCUGUACAGAGAUCGGUAGCCCCGGCUCCAUCUCCACCCUGGUCAGGAGAUAAUGUCCCAGCAGAAAAAGAUGAGCUCUCUGCUCUUAAAGCUGGCCUCAGGAAAGUAAAGAUUUUUACGGAGUUUGUGUCGACCCGAAAGGCAAAAAAGGCUUGCCAUGAAGAAGAGGGCAGUGAGGGGAGGUGUUCUGCCAAGAGUGAGGAUGGUGAGUCUUGCUACCCGUUCGACUCUGAUUCCUUUGAUGACAUUGAGGAAGGGGAAACAGAUGAAGGGAAGGAGGAUACUAACAUAAGGAAGUCCUUUAGUUAUGGCACUCUGGCCUAUGCAAAUUAUGCUGGAGGAUCACAUUACUCUGAUAUGAAGAUCAAUGGCGGUGACGAAAAUUUAGUUUACUAUAGUAAUCGAAAAUCAGAUGUGGGCUGCUCGAGCAUGGAGGAUUCAACUGCUUCAGCCUCUGAACAACCUUUGCCACAGAGUUCAAAGCGUGGCCUGUUGCCAUGGAGGAAGAGAAAACUAAGUUUUAGAUCUCCCAAGGCAAAAGGAGAGCCAUUGUUGAAGAAGGCCUAUGGCGAAGAAGGUGGUGACGACAUUGAUCAUGAUCGAAGGCAGCUCAGCUCUGAUGAAUCUCUUGGUCUUGGGUGGCAAAAGACAGAGGAGGAUUCAACUGCGAAUCGAUCAUCGGUUUCUGAAUUUGGGGAUGAUAAUUUUGCAAUUGGCACUUGGGAGCAGAAGGAAAUUGUAAGCCGUGAUGGACAUAUGAAGCUACAAACACAGGUCUUCUUUGCUUCUAUUGAUCAACGUAGCGAGCGGGCAGCGGGUGAAAGUGCAUGCACUGCUCUUGUAGCUGUUAUUGCUGAUUGGUUCCACAACAGCCAAAAUCUCAUGCCUAUAAAAUCUCAAUUUGAUAGUUUGAUCAGAGAUGGCUCGUUAGAAUGGAGGAAACUCUGUGAAAAUGAAAUAUAUCGGGAACGAUUCCCCGACAAGCAUUUUGAUCUAGAUACGGUCAUUCAAGCCAAAAUCCGACCGCUGUCUGUGGUUCAGAGGAAGUCCUUCAUUGGCUUUUUCCAUCCAGAAGGCAUAAAUGAGGCGAGAUUCGAAUUUUUGCAUGGUGCCAUGUCCUUUGAUAACAUAUGGGAUGAGAUUAGCCGUACUGUGACAGAUUGCCCAGACGACAGUGAACCACAGGUUUAUGUUGUCAGUUGGAACGACCAUUUCUUUAUUCUUAAGGUCGAAUCUGACGCGUACUAUAUCAUCGACACGUUAGGGGAGAGGCUCUAUGAAGGAUGCAAUCAGGCCUACAUCUUGAAAUUUGACAACAACACUACAAUCUGUAAAAUGCCCGACACUAACCAGUCAGCUGGCGAAAAGACUUCCAACGAUCAGCAGACUGUUGCAGAAAUAGUUGAGGCCAAGGAACAACAGGCCAGUGGAAAGGAAGAGAGCUUGACACUAGAGAACGUAGCCUCACAGCCUGAAGAACCAAUGAAGGAGAAAGAUGAAGUCUUGUGUCGUGGGAAGGAAUCCUGUAAAGAAUACAUCAAGAGCUUCUUGGCUGCUAUCCCGAUUCGGGAACUGCAAGCCGAUAUCAAAAAGGGUCUAAUGGCAUCAACCCCGCUUCACCACCGACUACAGAUCGAACUAAACUACACCCAGAUUUUGCAACCUUCACCUGACUCCUCUCACGCCUCAGAAGAUCCGAACACUAUGCCACAAAGUCCCGAUGCCACACUACUAGCAGACAUUGCUGCUACAUCAUAGGCUUAAAUGUAAAUUUAGAAUUGUCGGUUAAUCUAACUAGUUUUCCUUUUGCAAGUGACUGAGAGCUUAACAAAGAGGAGGGAAUGGACAUGCAGUAUAGUAUAGGUAUGCAGCAGUAGCAGCAGCAAUGUCAAGAGCAACUGUCUGUGUGUUUUUUGCUUGCUUUUUGGUAUCUAAUCUCCCUAUAAUUUGUCUGAUCAUCUUCCAUGGACAUAGACCUUACUUUUGGACAUAAAUGAGUAAUCUUCCUGUGAAUUAUCACAUCA